AUGCAGAGGGCCAAGACUGGCUCAUAUGUGUGCUGGAAAUGCCUGUCAAGAGGCGUUCAGCCCAAGCCUUCCUCGGUCAAGAGGCUCUAUUCAACGACAAGUAGCCGAUUGCUGAGAGCACAAGGCGCGCACGACGCGUUCCGAGAUAAUCGCACGAAUUUCGCAAUCGUACAGGAACAAUCCCUUCAACCACAGUUCAGUAACGACACUCCGCGGAUUCGCGACCGCCUGCGACAAUGGGAGGCAGAAAACCAGGUCGAUGCCCCUGAGCCGAUGCUCAUUGACGCUGGUGAAGCUGGACAACCUCAAAACCUGCUCACUCGACCUCGGCACGCAAACCAGAUCGGGCAGAUCAACGAGGAAUGGAGGCCAGGUCUUGAGCAGCCGUUUCAAGACAGCGAUGGCGCGCUCGAGUCUCUCCCCGGCCCAACCGACUUUCAGCCCGGCGACCUCAUCGAGCACUUGGGGGAUAGCGAGAGGGUCCCACAUCUAGCGAUCUAUCUCGGCUAUCGCAAUGACUUGUACCAUUUCUAUACCAUCACAGGCGAAUGGAAGGUGAUAGCGAAGCUGUCGUCGCAGUUUGUCAUCAGGAAAUUUGUCAGCAAAGACAUGCUGCAACCCGUCCUCGACAAACUGCCCGGGGAGCACCUGUCGCGCGAGGCUGUGAGGGCAAGGAUGCAGAUGAAUCAAGACCAAGGGCCGGAUCGUAUUACCGGCUCAGAGCUGCUGCGCAAGUUGGCCAAGUUCCAGCAAAAGACAGACGAGGCCUUGCACAAAUUUGGCAUCCAGCUCGAGCGGGCCCAUGAGAUCGUGUCCGAGGCAGGAGACAGAUACGUGACCCUGGAUCAGAUACAGUCUCGUCUGUCCAAGCAUAUCAAGGACCCGCUCUGGAGCUGGCCGACGCCGCCGCACGUGUUGUAUGCUGUGUACCGCGCAGUGACAGAAGACGACUUGGGGUUUCGCGCUCUCGAUACACUGGGCAACUCCCAGACGUGGUUGUUCGAGGUCACCCCACGUGAGGACGUCGCCUUGAUCAAGAACAUUCAGACCCUGGUCAGGCUGUUCACUGACAUACCGGGCAAGGUCAAGACGACUCUAUCCGACCUGACAGCGGCGCACUUGAAGCAGAGCCAGCUUGGCCGGUUCAUCCUCAAGGCCAGAGACGCCAUCGACCAGAGCAGACAGUUCCGGGACUGGACCCCACAUGGCAUGCUUGGACCGGCCAAGCAACAAAUACCCCGUGCUCGUACGAAUUGGAGCGAUGUGGACAUGAGCAUCAUGCAUUUCAUGCUGAUGUGGACGGGCCUUGACCAGUUCUCUGUGUCCUCGCGGUACCAUUGGAUAGGCUCGGCGAUAUUGCGGGCAACUGGCCGGUACAAAGACACCGAGUACCUCUCGACCACGGUCGGAUGGACCUUUCUACAGGAGGUGGGCUACGUCACUCCCUGGGACCUUCACGACCGCUACGUCAAGCGUCUUCCGUCUGUCAAGCUGUCGCGGGAGGGUGGAUUCGCACCUCUCCCUUUGGGCCCUGCUGGCAUAAAACCAUACAUCACGCCAGAUGCAUUCUAUGGCAAACGUCACGACUGGGAAGGUCUCAAGGCUUUCGCUAUCGAUUCCAAGGAGACGACUGAUGUCGACGAUGCUGUAUCUGUCGAGGCAACGGAUGUGCCUGGGGAGCACUGGGUCCAUGUUCACGUUGCGGACCCUGCCUCUCAGAUCCGACCUCAGUGUGCCCUCGGGGAGCGUGCCCAACUGACGCCCUUGACGCUGUACCUUCCAGGACAUUACUCCAAUAUAUGGGGCGUGAAAGACGAAGUGGGGAAGCUGUUCUCUCUUGCCCCGAACAGACCCUGUCUCACCUUCAGUGGCAGGAUCAACGAAGACGGAGAGAUCCUCGAGUCCAAAAUCACACCUGCCAAGCUGCAGGAACUCAUCUACAUGACGCCCGAAGACGCAAAUGCUGCUGUGGGCUUCGAGAAGCCUCCCAAUCUUCCCGAAUGGGCUGAGAAGUUCGUGGUCGGCGCACCAGUGGCAGAGAAGCUGCCGUCGCGAGAGAUGACAGCCCCCUCCGAGCUACAGCCGCAGGAUGUCAGCUCUCUGAAGACCCUGUACCGGCUUGCGGAGGCGCGCCACCAGAAGCGACUUGCCGAUGGUGCUCUGCCGGUCUUUCCUCCUCGCCCCAAAGCCAAAGUGUCCUUUGCCCAUACCUCGGUAGAACAAGUGGCCCCAGGUUUGAUGACCUGCAACGGCGACCCCUCGAUCAGCAUCUCCUUCGACACCAACGAGUCGCCCAUGAUAACAAGCAUCAUGCAGCUGGCCGGCGAGAUUGCUGGGCGCUGGUGUGCAGACCGCAACGUCCCUGUUCCUUACCACCAACAUCCGCUCGCCGUGAAGAAUUUCGAGCUCUCCAGAUCCUACGCCGAAAAAGUCGUCUACCCUUACUUCCUCCGCGGCGAAUUUCCCCCGCCUGAAGCGUUGAACAUGCUCUACCGCUUCCUCGGAGGGGAUGAGCUCUCCACCCACCCGGGCCGGAACUUCCUCAUGGGCACGGAAGCGUACGUCAAGGUGACCUCCCCGCUACGGCGGUACUCAGACCUCAUCGUGCACUGGCAGAUUGAAAAUGCCCUCCUGCAGGAGGCAGAGGCGGGCGCCAUUGCGGAGCAGAAGCUUCCCUUCCUCCGCAAGGAGCUCGAGAAGGAGAUCCUCCCCUGGCUCCGCAUGCGCCAGCGCGUCCUCAAGAGCCUCAACAGCCACUGGGGCAGCAAGGGCUACCUCCUGCAGGCGAUGCUGCGGGCGUGGAAAUACCCCGACGCCGCUCCGUCGUCCUCCAGGCUGCCCGACACAUUCAGGCUGAGGGUCAACACCCGCUUGACGUCGACCGCAGGCGGCGGCAGAAAACUCAAGGCCAUCAUAGGCACGUUGGACUGGUUCGACAUCGAUGCGUGGCUCGUCCCCGAGGCCCUGGGCCGGCUGGGCCUGGGCAUUUCCGACAUCAGGAAGGGCGAUGUCUUUGAGGUUGAGCUGGUGGAUAUAAAUGUCCACCAGAAGGAUGUCUUUGUGCAGGCGGUGGGGAAGAUUAAGGUGCAGAAGGAUGAGGAGGUGGCCGGUAAAGGCGAGGAGGGGCAGGAGAAGCUCGAAGAGGCGAGGUUAUAGGGAGGGACAAUCAUGGAAAGGAAGUAUCCAAGGCGGUGGAACAACCCCCCCCCCCCUUCCUUCAAAUGUACCAGGCGGAAAUUUCCCUUCCAAAUACUACUUGCCAUGUAUGAUAAGCAGAGACUUGAAUUGCAGGAACUGUC